AUGAAAACAUAUGAAAUAAUAAUUACAACAGGGAAUUGUUUAUCCUUAUGUGGAGCAUGUGUGAUAUUUUUCUUAUUUUUUUAUUUUGAGAAAUUACGAUAAGGAUUUUUCUCACACGUAAUAAUAUAUAUAACGAUUGGAUCAUUAAUUCAAAUUAUAGGUAUACAAUUAUCCUCAAGUUUUAAAUUAUCAGAGUGCAAAGUAUCGGUGAGUAUAUUGAUAUAUGGUUCAUUGAUAAUGAUAUUUUGGAGUACUAUAAUGAUUUGGGCAUUGAAGUAGAAUUCGCAUUCUAUAUUAGAAAAUUAUUUAGUGUAUAUUUUAAUAAAGGAACUCUUUAAGAUUUAGAAAAUAUGCAUGAUUAAUUUAGAAACAAUGAAAUAAAGUUGUUACUUUGUUCUUUUGGUAUUCCAAUCCUCCUGGCAAUUUGGCCAGUAGUCUUGGAUGGAGCAACAUCAGAACAAUCAACAAAUAAUUUUUGUUAUUUAUAUACUACAUCAAGUUAAUCAGAGUCUGUAAGAAUUUAAGUAGAAAUCUCGAAGUUGAUAUCAUGGGAAAUACCUAUCAUAUUCUAUUUAAUAUACAGUUUAACAGUACUUUAUAAUAUAAAGAAAUUGUAAGUCAUUCCAUAAAAUUUUAAUAUAGUUAUGGAGAAAAUAUAGAUGAAACUUAUUUUAUUGAAAUCAAAAAAUUAGUUAAAAAAUUGUUAGCAUAUCCUAUUAUCACUAUUUUUAGUACUAUUCUAUUUACAAUCAUGGAUUUAGAAACAUUCUUCAAUGUAAAUGUAAUAUUAUUUUAAUAUUAAGAUAGGAAGCAUUCAAAGUACAAUCAGUUGGACUAUGCUAUCUUUAUGGGAAUUCUUCAAUUUUUUUGCUUAUAUUUCAUAAAAUAGUGUCCAAGAAGAACUAUUUAGAAGAAACUUUAAAGAAUAAGAAUGUAUUUUUAUUAAACAAUCUUAGUUUAGUACAUCCAUUAAUUUAAUAAGAUCCUGAAGACAGUAUUAAUGAAAGAGACUAUUUUUAUUAAGUUAAUUCCAAUAUGCAAGUUUCUGGUUAAUAAAUUAAUUGA